AUGGAACAGCGAUUACCACCAGAACUCAUCCACCUCAUAGGAGAGUACUGCUGCCAGGCUGACGCGUGCAGCUUCGCGCUCACAUGCCGGAUAAUGUCAAGGGCUGUUGCCCCGCGACUUUACCGAUCGAUUCUCUUUGACAUCAGUCCGAGGAGCAUUGCGAUCCAGCAGCCUGUGCAGAGUGUUUCAGGGUCUAGUGUGUCCACAACAAUUGUGCGUACGGUGGCCGGAGUGAAGCAGUGCCUCCGUGUGCUUGCCCAGCAUCCGGAACUCGCCGCCCUUGUUUUGGCACUCGAUGUCCGUUCCAAUCUCCAGCUUAGCGACCACACGUUGAAUUUGCUUUUCUCAACUGUUUUCGUCAACUUGGCGUCUCUGAAGGUACUCCGGUGGUCUGCAUGUCCCGAAUUGCCGAUUGAUCUGCUGGCCCUAUUGCCGAACUCCGUGAACGUUGAAGUGCUAGAGGUCGAUCUCGCCGUCCGGCCCUGGCAGGAGUAUCCGGCUCUAGAACUGCCCAACUUGAGAUCCUUGACUGUUCGGCCGUUCCUGAGGGCCGAGUUUUUGAUUUGGCUCAGUGGUGUUGUCGCCAAUGCCCCGUUGCUCGAGGACGUGUGGCUGUGCCGCUAUCUUGAUGCAAAGUCAGCUGUUGGCUCCAGCUAUGCGUUUGUGGGGCUUUCUGAUGUCGCCAGUGAAGAUGUGCUUGCCAUUAAGCAAUUCUUUUACGGCAUGCCUCGCUGGAAGCUGCAGCGCUUGGGACUACUUCAAGUGCGGGUUUCUGCUGAGGAGGCAGACGAACUUGUCCGAAGUUUUGACCUGUCUGAACUUACGAAUCUAGCUUUGACGGGUGGAGAUCUCUCCCGUCUUCCUCAAAGCUCUAUCUUGACUCGUUUGAUUGUUCAAGGGCUGCCCUUGCAGCGACUCGAAAUAGAUUGGACGGCUUCCAGUGCUUUAAUUAACGAGUUCCUGCUGUGCCAGUCGUCUCUGGAGUCGCUCAAGAUUCACGUCAAAGAAUGCCCCCAGGUAUUUUUCACUACAAUCAGCAAGUUACGGAACUUGAAGCACCUGCAGGUUAUUCUGCAGUGUAAGUUUUCCUUUGCAGAUUUCGAGCCUCUGGCCCGCUGCAGUAAACUUGAGACUUUGGCCAUGCCUUUCAGUUUCGAAAGCUGCACCUGGACUUUGGCAAGCGUUUUGCCCAAUCUCAGACUUAUUGAGCUCAACUAUUCUUCUGAGGGCACUGCCAAUGGCACGCCUUUCCCUCACCCCCUGAGCGGCCUCUCUGGUGGCGGCGGCGGGCUUGUUAGCAGUCUGCUCACCGUUGUUCACGAAGAUGAUCUUUAUCCGCUGCAGUACGCCGGUAUACUAUGCGACCUUCGCCGCCACCCGAGGCUGGAGCACGUCCAGAUCGACCAUCACUUGCACACGAUCAAGCAGGGAGCCACUGAUGUGGAAGAAUUGCGAGCAUCACGAUCUGUGUAA